GUGGUGAAAAAGAAAAACGGGAAGAUCAGACUGUGUGUGGACUAUCGGAAACUGAACAUGCGUACUAUCAAGGACGCGUACGCUCUUCCCAAUAUCGAAGAAACCUUCUCGGCCCUUAGUGGAGCUAAAUGGUUUUCCGUUAUGGAUCUGAAGUCCGGUUAUUAUCAAGUUGAACUUGCCGAAGAAGACAAACACAAGACCGCAUUCACAUGCCCGCUGGGUUUUUGGGAAUUUAACCGCAUGCCACAGGGCGUUACCAAUGCACCCUCCACAUUCCAGCGGUUAAUGGAGAGAUGUGUGGGAGAUCUGCACCUGAACGAAGUCUUGGUCUUCCUAGACGAUCUGAUUGUCUUCUCAGACACCUUGGAGGAGCACGAAAACAGGUUGAUGAAGGUGCUGAACAGACUCAAGGACUACGGGCUGAAGUUGUCCCCAGACAAAUGUCACUUUUUUCAGUCUUCCGUGAAAUAUCUGGGCCACAUUGUAGAUGCUCGUGGCGUCCACACUGACCCUGAGAAGAUAUCGGCCUUAAAAGACUGGCCCAGGCCCACCAAUCGUAAAGAGCUAAAGUGCUUCUUAGGCUUUGCGGGGUACUACAGGCGCUUUGUACAAGGCUAUUCGAAAAUAGCAAAGCAGUUGAAUGGCCUCACUGCUGGCUAUGUGGCUACAAGGAAAAGGGGAAAGGACUAUAAGAAGCAAAAACCUCACACUUCAGUGAGCCCCAGCCAGCCUUUCGGAAGUGAAUGGACACAGGACUGUGAAACCGCUUUCAGAACACUCAUAGACAGGUUGACCUCAGCACCUGUACUGGCUUUCGCCAAUCCUAACCUCCCUUACGUUCUCCACACAGACGCCUGUGGAGAAGGCCUUGGUGCAGCCAUUUACCAAGAGCAUGAAGGGACACUUAGGGCCAUAGCCUAUGCUAGCCGAGGGCUAUCGAAAAGUGAACGCAACUACCCAACGCACAAGCUUGAAUACUUAGCACUGAAGUGGGCUGUGUGUGAGAAGUUCCAUGAUUAUCUGUAUGGUACAGAAUUCACAGUCCUUACUGACAACAAUCCUCUCACCUAUGUGUUGACCUCUGCAAAACUCGAUGCAGCAGGUCACCGCUGGUUAGCAGCUCUGUCAACGUACCGUUUUGAAGUGAAGUAUCGGCCUGGUAAUACUAAUCAAGAUGCAGAUGGGCUGUCAAGGCGCCCCCAGGAACCCUCACAAGAAGACGAUGCUUUCCUCCAGGAAAAAGAGAGGAUCGAGGAGCUCCGUCAACGUGUGCUGGACGGGAAUCACAAAGUACUCUCAGAGGACACCUUCACUGCCCUCUGCCAAAGACACUCAGUGCGACUGGAGCCCAGUGAAUACCCCCCGGAACCCCCCGCCUUAGCAGAGUCCCUAGCGGUGGACCCCUCCGCCAUUCCCCUGAGUUACACCUGCCUUGCACAAAAAACUGUUCCAGGGAUGACUCAAGAGGAUUGGCACAAUUCACAGAGGGCAGACCUGUCCAUAAGGCGGGUCAUCCAACUCAUUGAGAGAGACACUAAGCCCUCGUUCAGAGAGACUAAGUUAGAGCUACCGGAGGUGAGGCUCUUCCUCAGAGAGUGGAAUCGACUUGAACUCAAAGACGGAGUCCUGUUCAGGAGGUAUGUUGACAGAGGAACAGAAGGCUAUCAGUUAGUCUUGCCCGAGAAAUACAGAGCCAAAGCACUAGAAGGUGUUCAUGAUGAAGUGGGGCACCUCGGAUUUGAGCGCGCCCUUCACCUGGCCCGCGCCCGAUUUUACUGGCCAAAGAUGGCUCAAGCAGUCGAUGUGAAGUGUCACACAUGUGAGAGGUGUUUCAGAAGGAAAACAAACCCUGAGAGGGCUGCCCCAAUGAUGAACAUCAGUACAAGUUACCCCCUUGAAUUAGUCUGCAUGGACUAUUUGUCUAUCGAACCAGACAACAAAGAUACAAGAAAUGUAUUGGUGAUUACAGACCAUUUCACUAAGUUUGCUGUGGCAAUUCCCACAAAAGACCAAAGAGCAAGAACUGUAGCUAAAGCAAUCUGGGAGAACUUCAUCGUUCACUACGGGUUCCCUGCCCGCCUUCAUAGCGAUCAGGGAAGGGAUUUUGAAAGUCACACCAUCAAAGAGCUGUGUUCCCUGAUAGGAGCAGAAAAGCCACAGGGGAAUCAUGCCAGGACUCACUCUGAGUAUGUAAAGAGCCUUCGAGAACGUCUGCGGGAAAGCUAUGCUCUAGCUGCAGAGAGUGCACGGAAGAUGGGAGAGAAGAACAAGACAAGGUUCAAUGCCAAGGUCAGAGCAGCAGAACUGAUCGCAGGUGACAGAGUCUUAGUGCGAAAUGUCAACAUCAGAGGGAAACACAAGCUUGCGGACAGAUGGGAGAGAGGGACCUAUACAGUCGAAAAGAGGAUGGGAGAUGGACCGGUUUAUGUCGUCAAGCCGGAUAAGGGUGGCGGCCCCCUACGCACCCUCCACAGGGACCUCCUCUUGCCAUGUGGGUUCCUACCUGUCACCGAUGGGAAGGAAGUUGAGCAAAAAGGCCCCUCUAAGGUGAUGAAGUUGAGAUCCGGAGAGCGGCCAACGAUGGAUGCAAGGGACAACAUGCUGAGCCAUGAAGAGGAUGUUGACGUCUGCAGCAGUAGUGAUGAAGAGGAGCUUGUGGUGGUGCACAGGCCCAAAGUGACUGAAAUGGGACCCUUCAUCAAGACUGUGGAAAGGAGUGUCGAGAGGAGACCCCGCAGACUCAGAUCAGACUCAGAUCAGACUCCUACUGCUGAGAGCUUAGAAGCUGCCAUUGGAAAUAUUCGCCAUGCCCUGGACCACUCACUCCAGGGAGAGCUUCAGGAACAUGCAGUGGAGCCUCUUCAUGAUAACCUUGAGCCUGUGGAUACAGAUCAACGACACGAAUGUGAUCACAGAUCAGAUCUCACGGCUGUGGAGGAAGAAGUAGCAGCGGCCAUCAAUCCUCUGCUUCAAGCUGAACAGUCAGAAAACAUAGGAACACAAGCUGAAAUCAGGAGAUCAAGCAGAACACGACAACGACCUGAUAGACUGCACUAUGACACUCUUGGGAGACCCUUGAUCCUGGCCAUUGUUGCCUUCUGUAAGAGUCUGGAAGGCCUCCUCCAGGGUCCUGCCAGAGUCCCUGAUGAAGUAGGUAAACCUAAUGGGAGGGUUCUGGUCCAGUACAGAGAUGAAAGAUCAGUAGCUCGUGUGGAUCCAGACUUCUUAGGCAAAACGUUUAGUCCUGAUGAUUCUAAUGCUUCAUGGCACGUCACCGCCAUACAAGAAGAGAUGGCUCCGAAACCUGAGGAACAAAGUAACCUAGAUGAACUAAAGUUUGCUGCGGCGGUUGCAGGCCUAAGCAAGACCCGUCUGAUCCAGAUGCUCCAAACUCAGCUUUCCAACCUUCAGUUGGGUGGUGAUACAGCAAGUGAUGAGGACACAAAUAACAAUGUGCCUGAGACGCCUCAGAGGCCGUCAAGUCUUGAUGAGAGCCUCAUCAAUCCCCCCAGUGUCCAGAGAGUAAUUGUCGAGCAUGUAAUAAAAACGGAAUCUCAGUCCUCGUAUGUCAGCAAAAUCCGCACCUUCUCGGGAAGAACGCCAAAGCCCAAUGGAGAAGUUGAUUAUGAGACGUGGCACACUCAAGUUGAACUGUUAUUAAGUGACCCUUCCCGCCCAGAUACCCAGAAGGUCAGAAAGAUUUUAGAGAGCUUAUUGAGCCCAGCUAGUGACCUAGUCAAAAGCCUUGGCAUCGACUCCCCGCCUGCACUGUACCUCACCCAGCUUGACGCAGCUUUUGGGGUAGUAGCAGAUGGAGAAGAGCUACAGCAGGAAGACAGACGGUUGACAAAACUGAACAGAAUGAAGAAGCACCUCGGAAGCGCCAAAGCUAUGUCUCACAUGCACACAGUCUAUGGCCUGUCCCACCGUGAUGAAGAGUCAGAUGAAACUGAAGCUGUUUUAAACCCGAAGGCAGCCAAAAAGAGCCUAACUGAGAAUCAGAAGCUCGCCCAGGAAGUGGCUGACCUAAAGAAACAGCUUGCUUCCUACAAGCCAGCAUCGAAGCCCAACGAACCACAACAUGUAGAGAACCUCAAUGAGAAUCCUGUUAGGGGAAACUGUAUGGUCUCAAAUGUGACAAACCGCAGGAUCGGCAUGAACACUUCCAACAUGCCCCGAGCCUGGUUCUGUUUUAAAUGUGGAGAAGAUGGCCACAUUGCCGCCCUAUGUUUAAACGAGCCAAACCCUGCUGCUGUACACCAGAAGAACCUUGAGCUCAGGGAAAGACGCGACCAAUGGAGGAUGCAGCAUCAGGGCCAGCCCGAGUUCUCGUUAAACCGCACGACAGCCCUUGUUGAAGGCUACCAGUGUAAAUGUAUUUUAGACACCGGGUCGCAGGUUACUACGGUCUCAGAGACCUUUUAUUCAGACCAUCUCUCAUCCUUCCCUGUUGAACCUAUUAACGCACUGCUUGAGAUUUUGGGUGCUGGGGGCCAGCGUGUCCCUUACAUAGGUUACACCCAAGUCCUUAUAUCACUCCCAAAGAGUGUUACUGGCAUAGACGAGAAGAUUUCCUCCCUGGUUCUCAUUGUACCGGACUGUGACUUUAACCGUGAGAUUCCCUUACUGAUUGGGACCAAUGUACUUGACAGAUUGUACCAGAACGGAGUUAAACGAGAAGGGCUGAAAUUCCUACAGGGGCAUGAACUCAGUGACGAAUGUCUCAUGCUAUUCCAGUACAUUGCUCAGACUCACAGUGAAGAGGAGGAAGCAAGGCCAGUGAAGCUGCUUGGACGUUACCCAGUCGUCAUUCCAGCUGGACAAAGAGUGUGUGUACUAGGAGGUGUAAAGAUUAAGACAUCCCCAACCCUCACGUCAUAUGCAAUGGAGCCUCCUGCAAACCCUCCUCUGCCAGGUGGCAUCUUCCUAGUACCAACACUACUGGACGUUCCCUAUCAGUCCUUCAGCAAAGUCCCUGUACUUCUUCGCAAUAUGAGUUCACACGACAUCACAUUGCAUCCAAACCGUGUCAUAGCAGAGAUGAUGAUGGCUCAGUGUGUGGUGCCCGUGAAACCCCAUGACACUUCUAUAUCCUGUGGCCUCCAGACAGUGGAUACAGAAGCCCCCCCAAGUGACAAAGUAUCAUGCAGCCUGGAAGAUUCUCCCAUUCCAGCAGAGUGGAAGAAACGCAUCAAAGACAAGUUGAAUACCAUACCUGAGGUAUUCGCUGUUGAUGACUUAACCCAUGGUCGCACCUCUGCAGUCAAACACAGGAUAAGACUUCAGGAUGAAACCCCCUUCAAGGAGAGGCCCCGGCCGAUUCACCCAUGUGAUAGAGAAGCUGUUAAGCAGCAUCUUCGAGAGCUACUGGAGGCAGGGAUCAUAAGGGAAUCAGAGAGCCCGUUUGCUUCCCCUAUAGUAGUGGUGAAAAAGAAAAACGGGAAGAUCAGACUGUGUGUGGACUAUCGGAAACUGAACAUGCGUACUAUCAAGGACGCGUACGCUCUUCCCAAUAUCGAAGAAACCUUCUCGGCCCUUAGUGGAGCUAAAUGGUUUUCCGUUAUGGAUCUGAAGUCCGGUUAUUAUCAAGUUGAACUUGCCGAAGAAGACAAACACAAGACCGCAUUCACAUGCCCGCUGGGUUUUUGGGAAUUUAACCGCAUGCCACAGGGCGUUACCAAUGCACCCUCCACAUUCCAGCGGUUAAUGGAGAGAUGUGUGGGAGAUCUGCACCUGAACGAAGUCUUGGUCUUCCUAGACGAUCUGAUUGUCUUCUCAGACACCUUGGAGGAGCACGAAAACAGGUUGAUGAAGGUGCUGAACAGACUCAAGGACUACGGGCUGAAGUUGUCCCCAGACAAAUGUCACUUUUUUCAGUCUUCCGUGAAAUAUCUGGGCCACAUUGUAGAUGCUCGUGGCGUCCACACUGACCCUGAGAAGAUAUCGGCCUUAAAAGACUGGCCCAGGCCCACCAAUCGUAAAGAGCUAAAGUGCUUCUUAGGCUUUGCGGGGUACUACAGGCGCUUUGUACAAGGCUAUUCGAAAAUAGCAAAGCAGUUGAAUGGCCUCACUGCUGGCUAUGUGGCUACAAGGAAAAGGGGAAAGGACUAUAAGAAGCAAAAACCUCACACUUCAGUGAGCCCCAGCCAGCCUUUCGGAAGUGAAUGGACACAGGACUGUGAAACCGCUUUCAGAACACUCAUAGACAGGUUGACCUCAGCACCUGUACUGGCUUUCGCCAAUCCUAACCUCCCUUACGUUCUCCACACAGACGCCUGUGGAGAAGGCCUUGGUGCAGCCAUUUACCAAGAGCAUGAAGGGACACUUAGGGCCAUAGCCUAUGCUAGCCGAGGGCUAUCGAAAAGUGAACGCAACUACCCAACGCACAAGCUUGAAUACUUAGCACUGAAGUGGGCUGUGUGUGAGAAGUUCCAUGAUUAUCUGUAUGGUACAGAAUUCACAGUCCUUACUGACAACAAUCCUCUCACCUAUGUGUUGACCUCUGCAAAACUCGAUGCAGCAGGUCACCGCUGGUUAGCAGCUCUGUCAACGUACCGUUUUGAAGUGAAGUAUCGGCCUGGUAAUACUAAUCAAGAUGCAGAUGGGCUGUCAAGGCGCCCCCAGGAACCCUCACAAGAAGACGAUGCUUUCCUCCAGGAAAAAGAGAGGAUCGAGGAGCUCCGUCAACGUGUGCUGGACGGGAAUCACAAAGUACUCUCAGAGGACACCUUCACUGCCCUCUGCCAAAGACACUCAGUGCGACUGGAGCCCAGUGAAUACCCCCCGGAACCCCCCGCCUUAGCAGAGUCCCUAGCGGUGGACCCCUCCGCCAUUCCCCUGAGUUACACCUGCCUUGCACAAAAAACUGUUCCAGGGAUGACUCAAGAGGAUUGGCACAAUUCACAGAGGGCAGACCUGUCCAUAAGGCGGGUCAUCCAACUCAUUGAGAGAGACACUAAGCCCUCGUUCAGAGAGACUAAGUUAGAGCUACCGGAGGUGAGGCUCUUCCUCAGAGAGUGGAAUCGACUUGAACUCAAAGACGGAGUCCUGUUCAGGAGGUAUGUUGACAGAGGAACAGAAGGCUAUCAGUUAGUCUUGCCCGAGAAAUACAGAGCCAAAGCACUAGAAGGUGUUCAUGAUGAAGUGGGGCACUCGGAUUUGAGCGCGCCUUCACCUGGCCCGCGCCCGAUUUUACUGGCCAAAGAUGGCUCAAGCAGUCGAUGUGAAGUGUCACACAUGUGA